GGCCCCCUCGCAAACGCUAGGUCUGCGUGGGAAAAAUAGCGGCGAAGAAAUGGACUCUGCGAUGGACAAGGACGACGUUGGGGGUCCCGUGGAAGGUGGCGAAAACGACAAGAAAGACGUGGACAAAAACGAACACCAAACAGGCGAUCCUUUUAAGAAACCGGCUCUUUUUGCGGCGCCCUCACUCAAACGCGGCACCGCUCCGUCCAAGCCGCCAAGCGAACGGAGCGGCGACAAGGAAAACAACGGAGCAAAACUAGACGUCCAAGACGACGGGAAUUCUGAAACUGGCAACAAAACUGUCGAAAUAACGCAACGGGGACACGAACAAUCCGACCAGGGCAAGGUUGUUGCGCCUGACACAUCCAAACAAGACGUUAAACCCAGAGUACUCCCCGUCAAAGGGCCACCUGCUGGAAAAUUCAAACCGCACCCCCCUCUCCCGUACACAGAGCCCGCUUGGGGUGGAAUGUCAACGGAUAUCCCUUACGCCCUUGAAAUCCUUAAGAAUGGCACAAUAGUUGAUAAACUGCCCCUCACACAGAGGAGUUACUUUGUGGUGGGACGUUUACCUGUAUGUGAUGUGUCUUUAGAACAUCCUUCAAUUUCCAGGUAUCAUGCAGUCUUACAGUAUCGUGGACGGUGUGGCGAGGAGGAGUCUGUUGGGGAAGAAAGGGGAUUUUACAUCCAUGACUUGGGCAGCACACACGGCACCUUUGUGAACAAAAACAAAAUCCCCCCUAACACGUACAUCAGACUGCAUGUGGGACAUGUCUUGAAGUUCGGAGGAAGUACAAGACUCUUUAUCUUACAGGGUCCAGAAUUUGACGAGGAGGAGGAAUCUGAGUUAACUGUGACAGAGCUGAAGGAGCGCGCCCGGAAGCAGAGGGAAGAGUUGGAGAACAGGAUGAUGGGAGAAGGUUCCGAUGACGAUGAAGAAGAGGAGAAAGAGGAAGAAGGCGGGAGUAACAAAGGCGAAGAGAACAUAUCAAGAGAAGAUUUAGGCUGUUCUUGGGGCAUGGCUGAGGAGCUAGUUCCCGAGGAGGACGAAGAUGAGGAGAACCCAUUUGCUACAGAGUUUCAUGAAGAUCAGGAGGCCGCAUACCUGAAAGACCCCAAAAAGUCCUUGCAGGGUUUCUACGACAGAGAGGGAGAGGAGUUAGAGUUUGAGUAUGAAGACAAAAACCAUGGUGCUUGGCUCUGUAGAAUAAAGCUGCCGGUGGAUGAUGCCAUGGGCAGGCAGCUUAUUGCUGAAGUAACCCACACAGGGAAGAAGAAAGAAGCAACCAUCCAGUGUUGCCUAGAGGCUUGUCGCAUCCUGGAAGCCAGGGGGCUGCUGCGCCAGGAAGCAGUGUCUCGUAAGCGCAAGAAAAAGAAUUGGGAAGAAGAGGACUAUUAUGACAGUGAUGAUGACACCUUUCUGGAUCGAACUGGUGCCGUAGAGAGGAAGAGGCAGGAGCGCAUGAAGAAGGCAGGCAAGAUUGAAGAGCAGCCCGACACUUUUGAUUCACUGGUUGCCAAACUGAGCAAGGUGGAGAAGGAGCUGGCAGAGUCUCAGAAAAAGCUCGGUGCUGGUGGGAGAGAUGCGUCUGUUUCGUCCACCGAGGACCCCCUGGAUGCCUUCAUGAGUGCAGUGCGUGGCGAGGCUGCAAUGGAUGCUGUGGAGCGCAGGAAGCUACAUGUGCAUGUGGCUGACCUGCGCAAAGAGGCCCAGCGGCUACAGAAGCUGGUUGAUCUCACACGGCCCGCCCAGAUGCCCUCAUUACGACAGCCAAGUUCUGGUGGUGGUACUUCAUAUGCACAGAAGCCCAAGAAUACCUUACCACUGUUUGGGGCCAUGAAGGGAGGAAGCAAGUUCAAACUAAAAACUGGUACAAUUGGGAAGCUGCCUUCUAAGCGCCCUAACUUGCCUGCGGAGCUCUUCAACAUGAAAGAACUGCCACCAGGUGGAGAAGAGGAGGAGGAGGAGAAGGAGGCAGUAGUUGUAGGGGAAAAUGAGUUUCAAGAGUCUGAAAGUAUGUCGGACUCUAACGGUGAGCCCCAACAGACCAGUAAAUUGAUGCCGCAAGAGAGCUCUUCAUCUGGCCGCCAAAGAGAGACACAAACACGGUUCCGUGAGUCCAAAGAGCGGAGGAGGGAUGAGGACUCUGCUGAAGCAGUGGAUCCAGUAUCCCACCACAACGCAGAGAAGACCCUGACCCCGACAAGCUCAGACCUCAAAGCGGAAGGAGAGGAAGAACCAUUGGUCAAGCCCAAUCCCAAGAGGAGUGGCAAAAGGAAAGUAAUCGGCCCUAGCAGGCCCCCAGUGCCGCUUUCAGCAGAGUAUCCAGAAGAUGACCCUGAUUAUUGUGUCUGGAUGCCUCCUGCAGGUCAGACUGGAGAUGGCCGCACCCACCUAAACGACAAGUAUGGCUACUGAUGGAAGACAGGAUUGAAAGCUUUGUGAACUACUGUCUCCUUUUCAUCACCUUUCAUAUUGCAGAUCACCCCACCAACCUCAAGACAGCACAGUUUUGUCAAGUUUUGGACCGUUUUUUUCUACUUCCCUUUACCCAAGCCCCCACAGCAGCCAGAUACUGAUGUACCGUAUGAUGGGCUGGUGUGAUGACCCACUCCUUCAAGACGUUAGGAUGCUUAGGAGCUCAAAAGAGCCUGUGUAUGUGAUAUUGUGGGCUGUAUAAAAGCUGAAUUAGGGACCACCAAAAUAUCAUAACUCCUGUUCUGGUUGACUCAAAGGGAUUCGGAGAUGCAGAGAUCACUAGAACAUGCCUCUCUCACUGCAAACCUGCCUGCAGUUGUGUUUGUAAUCCUCAAUUGUGUGACACAAAACCUCCAGUUCCCAUUUGCUAUGAUUGGCAUGGAUGAGGAAUAGUCCCCCUCGGCACAGACGAUGGGCAAUAGGCCCACUGGCACUCCCUCAAUCCCCGGGAGUAGUAAAAAUGGAUGGCGCUUGAAUUUUAGUCCUUAAUUUGAACCGUUUGUCUUUCAUGCAUCUUUCAGAUAUACAGAUAAUAGGUGGGGACAGAGCAGGAGCGGGAAGCUAACUGAUCUCGGUUCAGCUUUCUGGUCUCUGUGGCUGCUCCACUUGCAGCUACUGUAAGUGUAUGUGACAUCCAAUCUGUAUCCCUCCCCUAGCGUGGCCUCUGUCGAUUGCUGGAAUAACCUUUUCUUUUCCAAUGGAGAACGUGUAGAGGAGCAAGAGGGGGAGAGCGUCGAAGCAGCUUUUCUGACCAUCUGGACACUUGGAUGGCUUACCGGAUGAAACGCAAGCUGAUAAUGAGUCCAGUUAAGUGUAGCGUGUGUGUGUGUGUGUGUGUGUGUGUGUGGUGUGUGUGUAUAUGUGUGUGUAUGUGUGUGUGUGUGUGUGCGUGUGCAUGUGAACGCGCACAAUCGUUGCCCGCCCUUUUUCAAAGCUCUCUUUUUAACAAGAUUGUCUCCACGAGUGACUCAGCUAUUGGAAGAGUGUGUGUGUGUGUGUAUGUGUAUGUGUGUGUGUAUGUGUGUGUGUGUGUGUGUGUGUGUGUGUGUGUGGCAGGAUACCACUGUCUCUGAAAUCCCACUCAGCACUGAUGUACCAUUGGCCUCAUGCCAUACGUACUCUCUCUCCCAGCUUUGGUCUUUUCUCAAAUUACAACUCAGCCUCUCAAACUGUUGAUGGUGGGGGGAUGUAAGCCCAUCAAAGAAAAUUAAAAAAUGUGUAUUUUGUAAAAUAUCUUUGUAUAAUAAAACUGUAUUAUAAA